AUGGAACCGGCGGCGACGAACAUCGUGACGACGGACUCCAUCCGUCGCUUCGGAGGUUCCAGUGCCGUCGCCAUGCCCUGGCCGGAGGAGGACGAUUCCAUGGAAGACAGGUUCGACCGCCUCGAGAAGUUGAUCCUAAGUUCGGUGAAGAAAAUGGGCAAACCCAAAAAGUCCAAGAAGAAG